UGAAGCUGUCUCAGUUCACGCAGCGACGUCGUGCCGCACGCAUCGGCACGCAUCGUACACCUGUUCACAUUGAAGCAAACGUCAAAAAUCGAUCGACACACCGCAGACGCCCACGAAAACCACGACUAAUUUAUUUCUCAUUAGAAAAAAAGAUUUAGUCAAAGAUAUUAAGACAAACACGUUAAGAUCUUUUGGAAAUUUGACAAAUAGCAAUAUGAAUCUACAAAUUUUCGUAAACUGGCCGACUGUCAAAACUAUAAAUUCUAAAGAAACUGGUUGUUUUCCAUGACAUCGCGACGGUGACGGAAAUGUCUGGAAAUCUCAAUUUGUUCCAAGGAACCGUUUCUAAACCGUGGUGAAGUGCAGACUCCUCGUGUUCCAUCGGUGAUCGGAAGUGGCGCAUUUCGCAGUUGUGAUAAAUCGCCGGAAGGACGUUCGUAGUGAUCGCGAAUCGUCCAUCGUGACUGGCUACCAAAGCACCGAAAUAUAAAUUACGAAACAGCAUCGACUAUGGUAGUUCUGAGUCGCGUGGGGUCGCCGACGAUGUCAGCGACUGUCGCCGGCAACCAGCAACAGCAACAUCCUCAUCAGGAGUGGGACAUAAACGAUUCAAAUGUCCCGAGAGUAGUGGAAUACGAUCCUUGGUGCGAAUGGGCGGACGGACACGUGAGGAGAGUCUACGGACCGGAUUGCGAGGAAGCGAGAAGGCAUGCCUCCGGUUGGGCGAUGAGGAACACCAACAAUCAUAACGUGAGCAUCCUCAAGAAGAGUUGUCUGGGCGUUCUGGUGUGCUCUCUGGAGUGCAUACUGCCCGGCGGUGGAAGGGUUCACCUCCGACCGGCGAUCUGCGAUAAGGCGAGAAAGAAGCAACAGGGAAAACCGUGUCCCAAUAGACAAUGCACCGGUCGCUUGGAAAUAUUAUCAUGUCGCGGGCAUUGCGGUUACCCGGUGACACAUUUUUGGCGACACACGGAUCACGCGAUCUUUUUUCAAGCUAAAGGCCAACACGAUCAUCCACGACCGGAAGCAAAAUCUACAUCAGAGGCGAGAAGAAGCGUAGGAGCUGGCCGAAGGGUCAGAGGACUGGCAGUUCUUUUAGCGAGAGAGGCAGCACUAGGCUCUAAGUUAAUGUCGUUAAGAGGAACUAAAAGACCCAGUACAGAUAGCAUCGAACAGCCAUCGAGAACAACGCAACCGCCACCGUUAAUCUCCGACAAAGGGUACUCAUGCUCUUGUCCACCCUUCGAGUGCAUAUGCUCGCUGCAAACGAACGUAUCAUCUUACCCGCAAUCUCAUCAUCACCAGACGACGACAUAUUCUCAACAGUUGCCUCCAACAGACGGACCUUAUUGGCUGCAAGACGCUCCGCCGCAAGAAAAUACAGUUGGCUAUUGUCUCCCAAAUCAGAUUCCUCAGGAGGCGUCUUAUGGCGAUUUUCCACCUUUCACCGGUGAUCUGUUCCAACCGGAAGAGAUCUUUCAGCUGGAUCAACCUCUGAGGCCGGAUUUCCCUUCAAAUGCCCAAGACGUGGCUCGCUCGCCACCGACCUUGCUCGAUCUCGGUAGCGGCACCAUUAAGUAUGAGAUGAAGCAGCAGAAUCAAGAUCAGGCCUAUUGGAACCAGUUUCUCAGCGAGGAUUCAAGUAGCAGCCACCUAAGUGUGCCUCAAGAUGAGAGGCUCCAAUUCGCUGGUUUCGAGCCCGAAAAAGUCUCCAACAGUUUCUCUUCCAAAAGGAUACACCAUUACGUCCAGGAGAAGAAUCAAAAUCCACCUGUGAACGACGCUCUGAGUUACCAGAAUUAUUCCAGAUCGCAGAGUCAAAAAGGUUUCGUCGAGGGAAGCGCGAAGAACGAACACGAACAGUCUUACUGGCCCCAGGCUCAACAGGAGAACAGACUACACUUGGACAGUUUUGAAGUCAAGGAGGAGGAACUGUUACCAUCACGCAGAGAAGUCGACUGCUACAAGAACAAUUGUCAGCCGUCGCUGGCAAGCAGAGUGGAAUACAGUGUCUAUCAGAGGUCGAAGAGCGAGGAUCUGCAGGACAUAUCGCGACACGCUCGUAGCCCCGAAGACAAGCCGUAUCCUUUUGAUGGAUAUCAUCAUCAGAUGUUCGAGCACGGCGACCCCAAAAAUCAACCGCAUAAUCGUGUCGCUCAUCAAGACUCGACCAGGAUGAAUCUGGACAACAGGCUCCAAGGCGACUACGGCAGCCAGGAAGCGCCGGAAGCUGCGGAGAGAUUGUUCCACAACUCGGGUGUGAUGGAAACAACGGUGCAAUCACAAAAUAGCCCCGAACCGUUCUUCUAUUCCAUCAACGACCGCUGCCAUUACACCUGCGAGAUUCUCGAACGGGUGCCGCAGAUGAUGAACGCUGGACCAGCUCAUGGAACGGUGAACAAUUACGGUGACCAGGUUGCCACCGACAUAGACCUGCCACCCUUCGUGGAUUACACGUUAGUCGGGAUGCUGUGCAGCUCCACGGACGAGGAUACGUCGAGCUUAUUGCCAGGGUGUUCCCAGGACUCGCACAGUUACAUUCCUCAUUAGAACACAUUCUGCCGUUGUGCUAUACUCAUUUGUAUCAUAUAAAUAAAUAUAAGAUAGUUGCACUUUCUUCUCCGAAACAACAGAUUUAUUGAUCUACUCGUAACCAAUUUGUGUUCGAACACAUUUCGCUCUCAAUUUCAGGUCAGGUUGAUUGCAGAUUCGAGGACCGGAAAUAAAAGACAGAAUCGAGUCAAUCUAGCUUGGAAAAAAGUUACAUCAUUUAUUUAUAACUGAUUUAUUCGUAACAGAUACUCUCACGAUCACAAUUGUUAUGUGUAUUACGCAAUAUUAUUAUAUUAUUAUGCCUAUGCAUUACACUUUCUCGAUUACACAUGCGCAAUAUCUUUACUUAUCUUUUAUGAGAGAGUUCUUACGAGAGCGUUUUGCGAGCGGCAAACAUAAUAGGACACACAAACGAAACGAUUGCGAAGCUCGUUCGCACAAUCGCAGGCUGGCGAGGACGAGAGUCCUAUAUAAAUGAUGUGUUGUCAGGAAGGUGUUACCAAGAGAAAAAAAUGAGAAAAAAAAAA